AUGGGAAAUGCAAAGGGAGAUGAUGGGAAGCUGUCCCUGGAUGAAUUCCAGGCCUUCUUCUCCGAUGGUACUCUGAACGAGGAGGAGCUGGAGAAGCUCUUUCAUACCAUCGACUCGGAUAACACCAGCAAUGUUGACACUAGAGAACUCUGUGACUACUUUGCCAAACACAUGGGUGACUAUGAAGGUGUUCUGGCAUCGCUGGAGACCCUCAACCUUUCAAUCCUCAAAGCUAUGGAUUUCACCAAGAAGGUGUAUGAACGAGGGACCAACGUGGAGCAGUUUGUGGCUCGCUUCCUGUUGAAAGAGUCUGCUAAUCAGAUCCAGUCGCUGCUGAAUUCCGUCGAGAGUGCUGUGGACGCCAUCGAUGAGCAGCACAGCCAGUCAGGACAGUACCACAGUAAGACGAGCCCACGUGUACCAGACAGCCGCUAUGUGCAACCCGUGCCCAACUACCCACCAAACAACCGGCUCAGCACCAAGGACACCAUGAGGACUGUCAGCAGCAACACAGGAAUUGCCGAGGUACGAAAGGAAGGAUUGGAGGCCCAGAUCAACCGGUUGGCGGAACUGAUUGGACGGCUGGAAAAUAAGACAGUGUUCUUUGACCUGCACCAGAGGCUAACAGACACUGAUGGCACAGCUAGCGCAUCCCUCUACCUGAUCCGUCAGGAGAUGGCCGUUUCCCAGAAGCACCUGGGGGAGUUCUGCGAGGCCCUCAAGCAGUAUCUGAAGAACGUCUCUGCCCAGCAGGACUGCUUCCACGUGACUGCAGUGAGGCUUCCGGACGGCGUCUCCUUCGUAGUCUAUGAAUUCUGGGAAGGAGAAGAGGAGUGGAAACGACACCUGCAGACGGCGGCUUGUAAGGCCUUUCAGCACGUCAAGGUGGACACCCUGUGCCAGCCGGAGGCCGUCUCAGCUGUUGCUGUGCCAGCUGCCUGGUGUACCCUCAACAGAGACUGAUGUGGUUGACGCCUCCUGGCAUGUGACCCGCCCCAAGCGGAGUCCUUCAGGCACCCCUCUCCAGCAUCCCUUCCUCCUCCUCCUCCUCCUCCUCCUCCUGUCCCUCUCUCUGCCUCCUAUAGUGACUUAGAUGUGGCAGUUAGGCACUUCUCCGAGGUAAAGUACAGGGAAAGAGGACUAUGUGUUUCUGUCCAAAGUAAAGGAUAACAAAAAUGUGUACAAGUUGGCAGUAAAAUGAUGGCCUAACCUCCCACUUCUACCCUCCCCAUCAAGCAAGGGGGUCCUCUAUAUGACCCUUUGCUUUUCUCCAUGCCUCUCAACCGGCACGGUUUGGAAGCACAAAGUAGAUGGAGUAAAUGGUCAUUUUAAAAGCAGGCAAUGCUAAAAGUAUUCAUUAGAACUUUUAAUACAAUCAAUAUACACCUUAAAAAUUCAGGACUGAAAAAAACAUCCGCAUCUUGUAUUGUCAGCCUGGCAUUAAUAUCAAUUUUAUUGUGCACAAGUCCCAGUGGCUUGAAUCCACAAUAUUCUUUGUUUUUUGUGUGAACUAACUCUGGAAAGCAAAAAAAGGAAAAAAAAAAAUAAAAAUCUGCAACAGCUGCAAAUAAGGACCGACUCUUUUGCAGAUUUAGAUCAGCAUUUCCUGCUACGACUGGAGUGAUAUAAAUAAGGGUUAAGGUCUUUUAAUGGAAAGACAUUAAAUCGGUAACACUGGUUCCUUAAUGGGUUGUGGGCAGUUACUCCAUUUCCAGCAAAUGACCCAUCAUUUACAAAGCAGUGUCUGCCAUAGUGGUGAUCUUUUUUUUUUUUUUUUUUGCUUUCCUUGACUUUAGCGUGCAUGUUCUUCUGAACGUUCAGUAACUGGUUUGCUGUAGAAUUUAGCUGUACUCCUUCAGGUGGGUGUUGUGCAUUUCCUAACUAUUUUAUAAUAAACCUCUUGGGACUGAAGAGCAAAUAAUGUGAAAAGUAUAAAGAAUGAAACUACUGUAGAAAUUUAUGGCAUUAUUUAAAUACUAAUUCUUAUACUUCUGUAAUGUUUCAGUACAAUGGCUUUCUCUGAAAACUUGUGUAUACAGACGAAGCA